GAUUAAGACUUUUCACAGCGGCCUCCGAGCGUUUCCGGUUCCGCUACCGCCGGGGCGGCUUCGUUUUUCUCGCAGUGGCGGCGUCCUCGACCGAAAUCUGUGCGUUAUGUCGGGUGGCCUCCUGAAGGCGCUGCGCAGCGACUCCUACGUCGAGCUGAGCCAGUACCGGGACCAGCACUUCCGGGGUGACAAUGAAGAACAGGAAAAAUUGCUGAAGAAAAGCUGUACAUUGUAUGUUGGAAAUCUUUCCUUUUAUACAACUGAAGAACAAAUCUAUGAACUCUUCAGCAAAAGUGGUGACAUAAAGAAAAUCAUCAUGGGCCUGGAUAAAAUGAAGAAAACAGCAUGUGGGUUCUGCUUUGUGGAAUACUAUUUAAGAGCAGAUGCAGAAAAUGCCAUGCGGUACAUAAAUGGAACUCGUCUGGAUGACCGGAUCAUUCGCACAGACUGGGACGCAGGCUUUAAGGAGGGCAGGCAGUAUGGCCGUGGGCGUUCUGGGGGCCAGGUGCGAGAUGAGUAUCGUCAGGACUACGAUGCUGGGAGAGGAGGUUAUGGAAAACUGGCCCAAAACCAGUGAGUGGUGAGAGCCCCGUCAUGAAAAACUCACUCCUUUGGCCUGUUGAAUUUGAUGUGCAUUCCCAAGGUCUGCGAACCUGCCUAUUUUUACCAAGCUUUAUUUAAUAUGUCUCUACUGAGCUGGAAGGCUCUUCAUGGUUUUCCACUUAAAAACUUAUUAAAGGACAGAAUCCAAAAGAAUGCCUUUAAUUCUAUAGUCUUAACAUCUUGGUUGUGUGUCAGAUUACCAGAAUGAUUUCUGUUACCAGGUCAAAAAUUGUGUUCCUUAGCAACAGACUUCAUGUGUUAUGUUGCUCUAUCAGCCAAAACACACUUCUUUUAGGAAGAAUGGAAAAAAAAUUUUUAAGUGUUUACCAUGUUUGCAUCUAAGUAGGUUUAUGGUCUGCCGUGGGGCCUGGAAUUACUAUUUUUAUAAUUUUAAGUUUGCAUGAGAUAAAGUUUAAUAAGUGGAGUUUUGCUGUGUAAUGUAGCUUUACUCUAAAUUAGGAAUAGAUUUUGAUAACUGAAUUUUUUUCUAUGUUGAAUUUUAACCUCUAAAGGCAAACUUAGAGUCAAGGGAACUUCUUAAAUAGUUGGGUAAGCCUUAGACAGUCGCAGGGGACACCACUUCUUAUGUGCUUUUUAUAUCAGGAAAUUAGGUCAGGACUUGAAGGGUAUUUACUAAACACAUUUUUCAAAAUAUGUUUUCGCUAACGCUAAAAAAACCAAGGGUCUGUAUUAGAGGGAACCUCAACUAUUCUAAGGGCAAGGGGGGGACGCUGUCAGUAGGAAAUGGGGAGGAAAUAUCAGGAGAUGUGAGUUAAACCAGUGCCUUGACAUGAUGAAGGUUGUUAGAGCCAGCAGAUCUAUAUUUUUCAUUUUCAAACUGAUCUUGGGAAUUGAGUGGGGUUGUUUGUUUUGUUUUUUAAAAAAAGAGCUUAAAGAUCAAGAGAAUACUUAACAAAAUCAGAAAUGCUUCCCUCGGGAAAUGUUUUGGCUCAUUCUCAUACUGAAGUCUGUCUUGUUUUUUCCCUAGCUAACUGUGCUGAGUUUCAGAGCCUGGGUAGUGAGCUGGUGGUCUCUACAGAGAAGGCAGUCUGGAGGAUUUAUUUUGCAUUUGUAAGGCAAGAGAGAAUUUCUCUAAUAUUAUGUGAACUAUUGCUCAUUUUAAACUGGUAGUCUAGUAUUUUCCCUGAUGUAAGUGAUAUUUUUUCAUCUAGCAACAAAGUAUCUCCUAAUUUCCAGUAGUUUGUGAAGUUGGGGCUGAAGUAUCUCAGUUGAACAUCUUUCAUGUUACAGUAAGUGUAUGUUUUCUCAAAUUUAAACUGGCUAUUUGAACUUUAAAAGAAAGAUAUCUCUAAAUUAGUUGUAUUUAGGAAAACAUUUGCAAAUAUCUAAUUUAAUGAGGACAAACAAUUCAUUAUUAAUUAAAAUCUUUUUUACACUGUAGUUUGAAUUAAUGUAUUUUAUAUUUUGCAGUAAAACGUAACUCAGAUUUCUAUAGGCAUUAAAACCACAGUGGUUCCUAUUUGAAUUGUCUUCUGUAACAGAUUUCAAUAAAAUUGGACCAACUUAU